AUGGGUUCUCAAGUUGAGUCUGUUAAAGAGAUUAAUUUGGAGCGAAAACCCGAAGGAGGUGAGAUGGAAUCGCGGGUGGAAGCUAUAUGGGAAAAAAUGAAUCAAGGAGUUUCUAAUAGGACUGUCAAAUCGCUUACGACUAAGCGAAGUUUAUCAAAUGUGAAUGCUAGUUCACAGAAGGCAAAUAAUAAUUGGUUGGCUUAUCUUGGUCUGGCGCCGAAGGAGGCAGCAUCUCCUGGACAAGAUGGAGAGGUACAGCAGAAUGGUAUCAGCGUUGAGGACAAGAAGGUUGCUUCGUUAUGGGAGCAAAUGAAUAAAGGAGUGCCUAAUAAGUUGCACAAAACGUUUUUGAACAAGUCUUGUUCGACAGUGGAUAAAUCUUUGCAGACUGAGUCUGAUAAUUGGAUGACCUAUCUGGGCAUGGCAACGAAGCAAAAGGAAUACUCUGGCCAUGAUGAACCACAGAGGAGAGCUAGUGAUAUGCAAAAUGGAAGCGUUGAUGAGGCCCGGAAGGUUGCUGCUGCUGCUCUCUCUGCUGUUAAGGAUGCUGCAGCCACAGCAGCGGCGGCGGCAGCAGGCAGGGGUAAAGUUGAGAUCAGAGAGGUUCGAGACUUUGCUGGUCAGGAAAUCGAAUUUAGGAAGCUUGUUGAUGCAGAUUCGAAAGAGGCAACUGAAAAGGCCAAAGCUCCCGUACCUUCUGCUGUUGAUGCUGUUCUCGAACAGAUCAAGAAGAAACCAAAGCUCAGUGUGCUUGACAAGACGAAAAAGGAUUGGGGAGAAUUUAAGGAAGAAAACAAGGGGUUAGAAGAGGAGUUAGAUGCAUACAAGAAGAGCUCAAACCAGUAUUUGGAGAAGGUUUCUUUCUUGGAACGAACAGAUUACCGGGAAUUUGAGAGGGAGAGAGAUGCACGGUUGGCCCUGCAGGCCAGGAGGAGGACAGAUAUGCGAGAGGAUUUGUGA